AUGUGCAGAAAUUCAUGGAUGCUGCAGGCUUUGCAAAAGAAAGAACACCACUCAAAUGGUAUGCCUAAUUCUGCAGAGCUGUCUACCCUCCGUAAUGUCUGUGGUCCCGCGUCGAAACACCAAGAAUUUGCACUACAUCAAGGGUGGGGGCGAACCGUUGGGGCUCCUGACCGCUGCAAUCCAGAGAAGGUUGUCACGCUGCACGAGGUGUUCAGACGGGAGUGGCACACAAUGGAGUGA